GUCAACACGUUCUCUGUCCUCUCUGCCUCCUCCAUCGAAUUCACACCGUUUGAGUUCUCAUCUAUUCAACUUUCUGAUUGGUGGUUUAAUCCUACUUCAGGAAAGCUUGUGGUCUACAAUGUCAGACAAAGAGGAAGGAGAAGAGAAUACUAGUCAUGGAAACGAUUGGGAAGUUGUGUCACUUACGGCUUCAGCAUAUGCUGCUUCUCCUGGUCCAAAAGGGAUGGAGUUGAAAGAUGAUGACAAGGGAGCUACUCACUAUGAGGCAGAAACAUCUUAUCCUCUGUUCAUGUCUCGCCACUUCACUUUCCCUCUAAGCGAGCAUGAGAAUCUACCAUUGGAACAAAGUGAAGCUGAGACACGUGAAGAUAAGUUAAGCAAGAAGAUCGACUUUGGAUUUGGUCUUGAAGAAGACGCCAUGACACAGGUAAAAGAGGAAGGAGAUUUGACUCUGAAGGGGUUGAACUUAUCGAAUGAGUUUUCAGGACUUCAAUUUAUCGGAGAUAAAGGUAAAAAAGAAGAAAGCAUCAUAUACAAUGCAGCCAUCAGUUCUCUGGAUGAUGAAAGAACAAUUGGUGGAUCGAAUGUGUACGAGGAAAAGGAACCUAUUCCGGAUAUUUCGCCUACUAUAGGGGCUGCUAAAGAUGACAAGCAUGAAGAACGAAACAUCCCCUGUGAAGCUUGGUGGAGAAGAAGUGCGGCUUCCUUGUACGCACAUGCGAAAGAGGCCAAUUCAUUUUGGUCGAUUUUCAUUGCUGCCACUGUGAUGGGCCUCAUAGUCCUCGGCCAACAGUGGCGACAAGAGAGGUGGCAGGUUUUGCAGAUUAAGUGGCAAUCCAGCAUUGGGAAAUGAGGUGUUCCCUUCCCUGUGCAUGUGGAUACGCAGUCAUGUUAAAAACAACCAAAAGAAAGCUGGAAGGAGAAUGGGCCCAAUCCCGUUUGGAUGGCGACAAUGAUUGAUUCGAUAAUAAUGAUGAUAUAAAGAAAAAGGAGAGGUUGUAUAGCAAAGUAUGUGUUUGCAUGUAGCCCUGUAUCAUUCCCCUGUUUCCUGUACAAGUUCCGUCUCUUUUGUUUCGAACAACGUAUAUGGGUUUGUGUCGUGAAUGUUGAAUAUUUAUGUACUUUGUUAUGUAUAUAUUGGUUUCUCCAUGGGUUUCUUCACA